AUGUCGUACUUAAACAAUCCUGCCAUUGUUAUGGACAAUGGUACCGGACUCACGAAGUUGGGUUUUGCCGGUAAUGAUUCUCCGUCGUGGAUUUUCCCAACUGCCAUCGCCACUGCCCAACCUUCGACAACAAAGAAAGCCAGUACGGGUCUCGGUGGAAGUCAAAGCACCUCGACUGGAGGCAAUGCGUUCUUCGGAAAUUCGACGUCAGCAACGUCCUUCAAUGAUUUGGCAGCGUCAAGUCUUUUGUCGAACAAUUUGGCAGGCAAAAGAGGUACAGAAGAUUUGGAUUUUUACAUAGGAAACGAAGCAUUGGCCGCAUCGCAAGGACCCUCGUACUCUCUGAGUUAUCCCAUCCGUCAUGGACAAGUGGAAAACUGGGAUCACAUGGAAAGAUUUUGGGAAAAUUCGAUUUUCAAAUAUCUCAGAACUGAACCCGAAGAUCACUUCUUUUUAAUGACAGAACCACCGCUGAAUCCACCUGAAAACAGGGAACAAGUCGCUGAGAUUUUUUUCGAAAGUUUCAACUGUGCGGGGCUUUACAUUGCGGUUCAAGCCGUGUUAGCAUUGGCUGCGUCGUGGACGUCACCAAAAGUCACGGACAGGUCCCUCACGGGUACUGUGAUCGACUCAGGAGACGGUGUCACGCACGUCAUCCCGGUUGCAGAAGGUUACGUGAUUGGAUCAGCGAUCAAGAACAUACCUAUAGCAGGUAGAGACAUCACGCUAUUUAUCCAGUCGAUGUUGAGGGAGCGUGGUGAAGCAGACACUUCUUUGAGAACCGCAGAACGCAUCAAACAGGAGUACUGUUACGUGUGCAAAGAUAUUGUUCAAGAGUUUAACAAAUUCGAUAGAGAUCCUCAAAAAUUUGCGCAAUUCAUAGUUGAAAACAAUGAAAAAACGAGCAGAAAGGUCGUGGACGUUGGGUAUGAAAGGUUUUUGGCUCCAGAAAUUUUCUUCAACAUGGAAAUUGCCACUUCCGAUUUUUUGACACCAUUGCCUACGGUGGUAGAUCAAACGAUCCAGGCGUGUCCAAUCGACGUCCGUAAAGGGCUGUAUAACAACAUUGUUCUCUCUGGAGGUUCCACCAUGUUCAAAGAUUUCGGGCGUCGUUUGCAAAGAGACUUGAAAUCUAUCGUGAACAGCAGAAUAGCACAGAGUGAGCUUUUGAGUGGUACCAAAUCUACCGGUGUUGAUGUUGAAGUGAUUUCCCAUAGAAGGCAGAGAAAUGCGGUAUGGUUUGGAGGUUCUUUGCUUGCCCAAACACCGGAGUUCAAGAGUUACUGUCAUACUAAAAAAGACUACGAAGAAUACGGACCAUCCAUUGUCAGAAACUUCAGUCUGUUUAAUAUGGUUUAA